AUGGCAUUAGUGGAUGGAGAUGAUGACGGUACAGGAAACCCUUUUAUAAGUCGAAGAAGAGUAAUGAGAGACAGUGGACUACAUUGGAUUGACUUGGAGCUACUAUUGGACGUGUGUCUUGCUGCCUCGUUACUCAUUUGUGUCGUCGUGUGGACAAUUUUGUAUCCAUACGCUGUCAAGACGGGACAUCCUGAGAAAAUCUUGAAUGGAGUGAGCUAUUGUCAACAUGGAGUUAAUGUACUGCUGCUACAGCUUGACUUUCUUGCUACGAGGCACUUGGUGUCAAAAGAUGCUUUACCACUGAUUAUGGGCUGGCCUUCCGUGUAUGCAGUCUUUGCAUGGAUUGUACAUGGAACCGUGGCGAAAGGAUUUUGGCCGUACCCGUUCCUUGAGGUGAAUACCCCAUGGGCUCCGUUAUGGUAUGGCGGAUUGCUGGCUGCACAUAUCAUGGCAUUGAUACUGGUCAUGCUGCUAUCGAAGGUAAAGCAGAAGAAGCAGCGAGCAGUGACAUUAACAGACCAAGUCGAGAUUUGA